GACAGCGUGUUUACGGCGUGUAAAAAAGACAGGCUCAACGUGUUCAAUGCUCAUCCUUGACUCUCAAGGCCACCUCCGCUCCAGCGCGUUUAUCUGUGAGCUGACACGCCCGUGGCCUCGUCUCAUCCAGCGUAUAUAAAGAGCGUGAGGGACGCUGGGGUCCACAGACACAGAGAUACGAUUCAGUGAUUCAGUGAUUCAGUGAUUCAGAAAGAGACACGAUGCUACCUGCGACUUUUAAACUGUGCGCUGGCAUUUCCUACAGACACAUGAGGAACAUGACGGGUUUGAGGAAAAACGCCAUGAUGGCCAUCCACCACGAGCUGAGCAAACUGUCCGGCCCUGGACCAAGCAUGUGGGUCAGAAACAUCCGCCGCAGGAGCUCGCUGCUCUGCAGCAGGAUCGAGGAGGAGACUCUGAGUGAAUCGGAGCAGGGUUACGUGCAACAGGGUCAAGAGGCACUACAGAAGUCCAUCAGCAUCCUCAGCGACCCAGAUGGCUGGCAAACCGAGAUCGAGACAUCGACGGGAGAUAAAGUGCUCAGUAAAGUUCUUCCAGACGUCGGCAAGGUCUUCAGGCUGGAGGUGGUUCUGGACCAGCAGCCUGAUGAUCUGUAUGAGGAGCUGGUGGAGAACAUGGAGAGCAUGGGCGAGUGGAACCCCAAUGUCAAACAAGUCAAGAUCCUACAGAAGAUCAAUCAGGACACCAUGGUGACCCAUGAGGUUUCCGGGGAGACCCCGGGGAACGUGGUGGGUCCGAGGGAUUUUGUUAGCGUGCGCUGUGCUAAACGCAGAGGCUCGACCUGCUUCCUGGCCGGGAUGUCGACCCAACAUCCCAGCAUGCCUGAGCAGAAGGGCUUCGUCCGAGCGGAGAACGGGCCGACGUGCAUCGUGAUGAGGCCGAGCGCCAACGAUCCCAACAAGACAAAGUUCACCUGGUUACUCAGUUUAGACCUGAAGGGCUGGAUUCCCAAAGCAGUGAUAAACCGAGUUCUGUCUCAGACUCAGGUGGAUUUUGCUAAUCAUCUGCGAGACAGAAUGGCUAACAACAGAGGCAUGGAGGCGACGAUGGCCUGCUGACAUCAUACAUAAACACACACACACACACACAGAAGCACACACACACACAGCAAACUCUUAUUAUGGUUUAAACUCCUCCCACUCAUAACAUCACCGAUUCUGACAUCACAAGUCUAGUGUAAGAGAUGAUGGAGCUGGAGUUUUAUAUCCGCUCUGAUUUAACAGCUAACGCAUAACGCUCACAUACAGCACCCGACUUUACAGUUAAUCCAAACUCCGUUUUCUUCAGCUGCUAAUAAACAGGAAGUCCAACAUUCCGACAUUUAUUUAUUUCAAAAAUUUUUACUAAUUCCUACUGCAUUUUUUUUAAUGGAACAGCUUGGAACCAAAGGGCUCAAAUGGCUAAUUUAACCAACAAGUAAUGGAAGUUUACGGCCUCUAGAUUAUUUAACUUUUAGCGCAAUUAUCUAAUAUUAGUAAAAAUGUCAUUUAGAGAGUUAGACAGAGGGUUGGACAGUGUUAGAGAGUUUGUGGAGCUUGUGUUCUGACCAAUCAGCAACAUUACAUAGAGAAAGCCCCGCCCACAAUAGUGCACCAGUACCAUAAGUACCAACUCUGAAGAAGAAACUAAAAAAAUAGUUCCUGAAAAAAGGUUCCUGUGUUCCUAAACAGGCUCUGAGUUCAUUAAACGAUUCCAGGGCUCCUGAGUUCUUGAACAGGUUCUGUGGUUCCUGAAAAGGUUCCUAGAUUCCUAAAGAUUCCUAAAGGUUCCACGAUUGCUGUAAAAGUCCCAAGGUUUCUGAAAAAAUCAUAGGAUCCUGAAAAAGUUCUUGUGUUCUUCAAGUUCUUGAAGAGUCUCCUGGCUACUGAGAAAGUUUAUGGGAUCCUAAAAGCUUCCUUAGUUCCUACAAAUGAUUCAAGGCUUUUAUGAGAGUUCCUGAAAAUCUUUCUGGAUAUGUGAAAAUGUUCUGGGGUUCCCAAAAGUGUUCCUGAAACGUUUCCUUCCUUCCUUCCUGAAAAAGUACCUGUGUUCUUAAAAAUGUCCCUGGGUUCCUGGAAAGGUUCCUGUGCUCCUGUGCUCUCAAACGGCUAAUUUAGCCAACACGUAAUGGAAGUCUACAGCCUCUAGCUCUUGAAAAACUUCCUGGAUUCCUGUAAAAAGGUUCCUAGUUUCCUAAGACCUCCUUACUAGAUUUCUGGGUUCUUCAGUUUUUGAACAGGUUCUGUGGUUCCUGAAAAGGAACUCGUCGAUUCAGCACUCAGAGUCGACUCGGUUGAUUCGCAGACAAUUCUGUUUAAACAAGUUUGUGUUGUUGAUGUUGGAGCCAUUUUUUUUCUUUUAUAAAUGUUGUAAUAUUGUUUAUUGAGUAUAUUUUAAUUCCAAAACGUCAGUCAUUUGAAGUUUGUUUAGGAUUCCUCUUCUGGUUCCAAGCUGUUAUUGUAUUUGUGAGAAAAGUUAUGUAUUUAUUGCGCCUGUAUGUGACUCUGUAACUGCAUCACCCUGAAUAAAGAUGUCUGUUAAAUAAAAUAAAUAAGCAAUAAAACCGUCUGUUAGUUCUGUU